GCCUAUUUGUCAAUUUUUAUUUUGAUUUGAAAGCAAUUAAAACUGUCAUCUAAAAGAUUGGCCUUAUUUUAUUCCCCUCUCCUUAUUCUCUAUACUUUAAGAAACACAUUCAUCUCUUGAUAUUACUUUAGGAUACAUUACAUAAUGAAUGAGAAUGGAAGUGCUAAUGAACUCAACAAGAAGUGGAAUUUUCCUUUCUUAGUUUUCUUCCAUGAUGCAAGACUUAUUUUCAAGUUGGAUGCACUUUCAAGGGAGAUAUUGGGGAUUGCAUUACCCUCUGCAUUGGCUGUUGCUGCUGAUCCUAUUGCUUCACUCAUUGACACUGCAUACAUAGGCCAUUUAGGAGCCGUGGAACUUGCUGCUGCAGGAGUUUCAAUUGCUUUGUUCAAUCAAGCUUCAAAGAUUACCAUAUUUCCUCUUGUUAGCAUUACAACAUCCUUUGUAGCCGAGGAAGACACUAUCAAAAGAAUGAAUAUUAAAGCAGCUCAAAAUGAUCACAACACAAACCUAACUGAACCAGCAAAGCCUCAUGAUCAUGUUCUUCACGACAUAGAGAAAGGAACAUCCAACAAAGAGAAUAAUAAUGUUAACACUCCAAAAGAGUCACAGAAUGAAACAAAUGGUACUGUGGUUAAAAGUUGUGCUCAUGAAGAUGAGAAAAAAUAUGAUGUUAAGAUGAACAAUGAGAUAGUUGUGAAGAAGAAGAAGAACAAGAGACACAUUGCUUCGGCCUCAACAGCACUUCUUUUUGGUUCGAUUCUUGGCCUCAUUCAAGCUUCAAUCCUUAUAUUUGCAGCUAAGCCUCUAUUAAGCCUCAUGGGCGUCAAACAUGGUUCUCCAAUGCUAAAACCAGCAGUGAAGUAUUUAACAUAUAGAUCAAUUGGUGCUCCUGCUGUUCUUCUCUCUUUGGCAAUGCAAGGAGUUUUUCGAGGAUUUAAGGACACAACAACUCCUUUAUAUGUCAUAGUUGCUGGAUAUUCGUUGAAUGUGUUAUUGGCGCCAUUACUUAUUUUUAAACUGAAAAUGGGAUUAAAAGGAGCAGCCAUUUCACAUGUUAUCUCUCAGUACAUGAUGGCAUUCACUCUCUUCUUCAUAUUAAUGAAAAAGGUGUAUCUCCUACCUCCAAGAUUAAAAGAUCUUCAGAUUUUCAGGUUUCUUAGAAAUGGAGGUUUGUUGAUGACAAAGGUGAUAGCAGUGACAUUCUGUGUGACAUUAGCAGCAUCCUUGGCUGCAAGGUUAGGCUCAAUUCCCAUGGCUGCCUUUCAACCUUGCCUACAAGUUUGGUUGGCAUCCUCCCUUUUUGCAGAUGGUUUGGCUAUAGCCGUACAGGCAAUCCUAGCUGGUUCCUUUGCUGAAAAAGACUAUAUCAAGACAACAGCAGCCGCAACAAGGACUCUACAAUUCGGUUUUCUGUUAGGAGUAGGACUCUCUCUUAUUGUUGGUGUUGGCCUAUACUUUGGAGCUGGAAUCUUUUCCAAAAACCUUCAAGUUAUACACUUUAUCCGAAUAGGCGCACCGAUUGUAGCUGCUACUCAACCUAUCAAUACAUUAGCAUUUGUCUUUGAUGGUGUAAACUAUGGAGCUUCUGAUUUUGCAUAUGCUUCAUAUUCCUUGGUUACAGUGUCAUUGGUGAGUGUUGGUGUAGAGUUUCUUCUGUAUAGAAGCAAGCAUUUCAUUGGGAUAUGGAUUGCGUUAGCCAUCUAUAUGACUCUUCGCAUGUUGGCCGGUGUAUGGAGAAUGGGAACCGGAACGGGACCUUGGAGCUAUCUCAGAGGUCGAUAAUCGCACUCACAUUAUCAAUUCUAGUCUUACUCGUGUGAUAGUCUUACCUCUUACUUACCUGUUUGUUGUAUCCUAAGAUAUUAUGUAGAUUUUGGUUGUAUUUUAUUGUGUUAGUGUAGUUAUCCUAAUGUAAUUGGACCAGAAUAUAUCUCUACUCAUUUUCUAUAUAACUAUUGAUGCCUUAACUAA